GGAGGCCUAUGGGGGCGCGGCGCCGCCGCCGGAGCGCCGGCAGCCCCUCCCCGCCGCUGCCUGCCGGAGUGGGAAUAAAGACAGAUAGCGGGGCAGGCACCGGCCGGGCGGGCGGGACGGAGCGCGCACAAAGUUUCCUGCGGAGCCCGCGGGCGGCGGCAGCGAUGCCCGUGCUGCGCGGAGCGCUGGGGCUGCGCGGGCGCCGCCGGCCUUAGGGGAGCGAGAGCGGCGCGGGGCGCGGCAGCGAGCCCCCGGCCCGUCCUCUCCUCCGGGCGGCCAGGAGGAAGCGCCCCGGGCAGGGACGGGAGAGCGGCACUGCCGGAGCGCGAGGAGGGGGACCGGCACCGCGGGGCCAGCCGCGCCGGCGGAGCCGGGGGGAAAGAUGAGCUUGUUGUCAACCAUCGACACCAGCGCCGCGCCCGUGUACCAGCCCGCCCAGCUCCUCAACUGGGUCUAUCUCUCGCUGCAAGACACGCACCAGGCCAGCGCCUUCGAUGCCUUCAGACCCGAGCCCUCCUCGUCCCAGCACCCCGACCUCGGCUACACCAAGAGCACCCCGGAGCUGGGCUCGUCACUCAGCUCCAGCUAUCUCAACAGCUUCUUCCAGCUCCAGCGGAGCGAGGCUCUGAGCAGCAGUCUCUACAAGAGUGCAUCACCUUAUGGCUCUCUUAAUAACAUUGUGGAUGGGUUAAGCUCCCUCACCGAGCAUUUCUCUGACCUAUCCCUUUCUUCAGAAGCCAGAAAACCCAGCAAGAGGCCACCUCCUAACUACCUGUGCCACCUCUGCUUUAACAAGGGACACUACAUCAAAGACUGCCCCCAGGCUCGUCCAAAAGGAGAAGGCCUCACACCAUACCAGGGCAAGAAACGCUGCUUUGGUGAAUACAAGUGCCCCAAAUGCAAGAGAAAAUGGAUGAGUGGAAACUCCUGGGCUAACAUGGGACAAGAAUGUAUCAAGUGCCACAUUAAUGUUUAUCCUCACAAACAGAGACCCCUGGAAAAGCCGGACGGCCUGGAUGUGUCAGACCAGAGCAAAGAACAUCCUCAGCAUCUGUGUGAGAAGUGCAAAGUUUUGGGCUACUACUGCCGCCGAGUGCAAUAAACCGUCAAAGUGGCCUCUUCCCAUCCCCAUCAUCCUUAGAGAUUCUCUGGCAGCAUGUGAUCAACAGCAGCACAACAGAUCAAGAUAAAAGCUAAAAGAAUUGCCAAUAUUGCCUAUCUAAUAAUAUGCCUUACCAUUAAUAGAAUGUAACAUUUCUCCUGUGCAUGUGCAUGCAUGCAAUAGGUAUUUACAGGACUAUGAUUUGUAUACAUAUAUAUGUAAAUUUAUAUAUGUACACACAUAAGGUGUUACUGAUGAUGUUCACUACAGAACUACAGUUACAGGUUCUGCUGAUUGUUUACACAGACCCUAUAUCACAGCCAGGUGAAAUGAAGUACUUUUCAAAAGGCAAGGAAUAAUAUUCACAAGGAAUAUUUGUUACAUGUAUGGCUUUUGCAGAGAUUCAGUAACUGUGGGGCCACUAAUUGUAAGCACUCACCCACAACACAAUCACUAUUCUUAUUAUAUGACAAGACAAAGGAAGAUGAAACAAGCCACAGCAUAAAAGGGGAAUUACUGCUUUCCCAGUUUUAGGAAGUCUUAAGAGUUUUGUGCUGCUGAUUUCUUGGACUUUUUUUCUAUUUGUUACCAUCUCUUGGGCAGGGCUUAGACAAAAUAAUUUUUGCAGGACAUGGAAAAAAAAGUGAAUAAUUGUUUGAGGGGUGUGGGUUGGGUAAGAAGGGAAUGCCAUAAGAUUCCAAGAGGUUUUUGGAGGAGAUAAAAUUGGCUUGCUUAUGCAACUACCAGAUCCUUUUCUUGUCAUAUAAACCCACUGACAUGGCCCCUUCUAUGUGCAUGGCCUGUUCAUUAGGCCACAAGCACACUAAAUUUACUAUGAAUAAGGGGAUAAGAAUACUUAAAACUGACCCCAAUACCCUUAACUGAAAGAUUAGCCAAACUUACUAUUUAUAGUAGUUUAAAAGCCACUUUCUGGAAAUAUUUUUAUGUCCUGUUUUCUACUAUAGAAAUUUGUUAUAAUAUGAAACAUGUUAGCCAUAGGGGUGUUUUAAGGCAUGGAGAACACUCUAUAUAUAACCCUCUUUCUUUAUGUCUUCCUGAAGAAGACCCACAUACCUGGGUAGAAAUUUAGGAAUUAUAUUUCAUUGUCCCAUUUCAGGUAGAACUUUGCACAGGGACAGCUUGCUGCAAAGAACAUCUCGUCAGGGAUUGGCAAAUAUAAACUGAAAGUACCUCGAGAUAGUAUCAUGUUUGUAUGGCUACGUCAGAGUACAUUGGCAAAAGGACACAACAAGCAAUUAAUUUGUAGCAUUCACUAAAAAAAUUAGAUGACUGUUUGAGGUGGGGGGGGUUUACAUCAGCAAUUUACAUUUUUAUGAAGUUUCCUUUAGGGAGAUUGAUUUGUGUGAAUGAUACUUAGAGAAAACACUUUAAAUCCUAAAUAACUUGAUGUGAACUAAAUGUGUUCUGAGGACUAGUUCUGUAAUGCAGAGACAGUGGGGGGUUUAUGCCAAGUGAUAGCAGGGUGUUACCAGUAUGUCAAGACAAGCUCUUAUAAAGAAAGUGGAAAACUUAUCACAAGCAUUCACCUGCUUUGCUGUAAGCAGGGCAAAAUUGCAUCUGCUUGUUUGGUGGGAGUGGCAGGUACAUCUCUUGCAAAUGCCAUUAUUUACGGGCAGCCCGAGUGCCCCGGCCUGCUGCUCACAGCAAUGGACAAGCAUCCUGACUCCUGGCUUCUGACCACAGCUCUCCCAUAGCUCCCUGAUUCUGGGCAAGUCACAAGAUCCUUCUGGACCUCAGUUUCCCCAGCUGCAAAAAGGGGGUAAUAAUACUUUAGCAUACCUACCUCACAGGAGAGUUGUGAGGUUUACUUAAUAUCUCUUAAGUGUUUUGGCAUCACUGGAUGAAAAGUGCUAUGUAAUGCUAAAAUAUAAUUAACUAAAUUAAUCACUUGGAAACUACUUUUGCCCAGUUAGCAACUCCAACUAAAAUAGCUGAAAAUAAUGUUAUUGAAAGUAACACUAAUAAACAGUUCAGUUGCCUUAGUGAAGAGAUGCAGUUUUAGCAUUUUGAAAUGCAAACACAUUCUUUUGCACAGAUCCACAAAUUAACUUAGAGACAAAUUCUCUCAACAAAGAUACUAAUCUGUCUAUACAAAUAAGAAAAUACACAAGCAAAUCUAGGGGUGGAUUUUCUAAGCUUGACCUCUAGGAUUAAUCUCAAUCGUUUGUUUCAAGCAUGAGUAAUUUUGAAAGAGCAGCUUUUUAAACCAGAUCUAUUUUUUCCUCUUGAGCACUUAAUAGUACAGGAACAAAAAAAAAAAAAAAGACCUAGAUGGUUCACAUCUAGCUAAAGAACAUGUAGAAAAACCCCCUUAGAUGAAGAUAAGGGAAAACGUUAUUUUAUUUUCUUCCUGAAACUAAGGUGUUGCUAUCAAACAUUUUGUUCAGCACUGAAAUAAUCUCCCUGUUAUGAUAACCACUAAAAUCAGUAAAAUAGCACAACUCUUGAUAUAGCUGUAUCACUAUAUCACACACCAGCAGGUUCUGAUAAAAAGCUGACUAAAAGACACUAUUAUAAGCAUUGGUAUUUUCAUUACAGUGCCCUAUUAAGAAUUGUUUAUCCAGAUUCAACACUGCAGGGCAAUGCCUUUAGCUUAUGAAUUUGUAGAUUGUACUAAAAACACACGUGACCUACUUUAACACAAUGUCUAUAGGUGUAGCACAAUAAUUCUUGAGAGCACACUUAUGAGAGUUCAGUAUUUAUAUUAUUCAUGUGUUCCUAGGCAGAAGACAUAUAAAGUAUUAAAGUGAUACUUAGCACAUCUGUAACAAAGAGGAGAGCAGAUUUCCCCGUGCCCCGGCGCUGGGGGAAAGCAGAUGAAGAGCACAAGGUGUGAAAAGCAAGGGGGGACACUGCGGUGCUUUGUGCUGCCCAAGGCGGAGGCGCAGAUCUGGCAGCGCGGGUGGCAGCGGGCACCGGGUCCCUGCACAGGCUGAACCCCUGCCUGAAGCCGGCCCGGGCAGGGCAGCAGCGCCGAGCUCGGCCGGGGCAUCCCUCUGUCCAUCCCCGCAUGGCAGCAAUGCCGAGCUCGGCCGGGGCAUCCCUCUGUCCAUCCCCGCAUGGCAGCAAUGCCGAGCCCGGCCGGGGCAUCCCUCUGUCCAUCCCCGCAUGGCAGCAGCGCCGAGCUCGGCCGGGGCAUCCCUCUGUCCAUCCCCGCAUGGCAGCAAUGCCGAGCUCGGCCGGGGCAUCCCUCUGUCCAUCCCCGCAUGGCAGCAAUGCCGAGCCCGGCCGGGGCAUCCCUCUGUCCAUCCCCGCAUGGCAGCAAUGCCGAGCCCGGCCGGGGCAUCCCUCCAUCCCUCCCCGCAUGGCUUGGCUGCCGGAUUGGAGCUUUGGGCUCGAGCAUUCGCUCCACAAUCGAGUCUGUGCAGUGGGAGGUGCUGGAAAAACACAUCCACAUAAUUGUGAAUAGCAGCUUAUGACCAUUGGCUUUUAGUUAGUGGCGCAGAAGGGACAUUUCUGAGUUCUUAUUUCAAAGGGAAAAAAGGACUAUUGAUUACAAAAUAUAGAUUAUUUCUACUCCCUCCCCACCCGAAGGUAAUUCGCCUAUAGAUGUAACCAGCUCUCUCCAAACCAGAAAAAAAAAGUGAAGGUGCAGAUUUUUGAGUGGAAAACUGAGGAAUUGAUUUAUCUUUUAAAAUUUAGUGACUGCCUUCUGAUGUUCUCUAACUAGCUCUGCAUUGGGAGCAUCAGCUAGCAAUCAGUUGAAGGCAUUAGUAGACAGUAUUAGCAGGAGUGAAGCAAGCAUCAAUAAAAAGAGUUUUAAAUCAAUACAGGCCUCCCUAAACUGAGUAUUUUUUAGGGCUGUACCUGAGAGCAGUUUGGCUCUGUGCAUGUAUUUGGUAAACUGGAUUUUCAACCUCAGAUGUUUACUGUUGACAGCCCACCAGUAUAGCCUGUCCUAUUCUACUUUUUUUUUAAAUUUUCACCUUUUUUGAGAUUUUGGUUAAACUUCCAUUUAUUUCUUUAAAACCAACAACAAAAAACAAUCAAAAUAUAAACACCCCACAAUCUGUUUCAUGAGUUGGUCAUAACAUUUCAUAUCGAAUUUGGCAUUGGCACGCCUCUGGAAAAAUGUUUGAAUAAUUUGAAAGAUGUGUCAUAGGUUUUUAGCUGCCUUAACCUAAUGAGGCUGCAAUGAAGUUAUUGCAAAUACUUCAUUUAAAGAUGAAGAAAUAUCCUAGUAGUUUAAAGGAUGGCCCCAUUUUAGCCACUUCCUACUGCUGCUACCACAGAUGUAAAAUGAAGCCACACAAGCAAAAUUUGAGGCAUUUUUUGUCUCAAAGUUGCUAUUUAAUGUCAGAUAAAUACACAAGAGUAUAUAUUAUUUCUGAAAAUAGGUGUAUUUUGAAGUUCCCCAUUAUAUGGGACUUAGUUUUUAAACUAAAAAUGUGAAGUUGACGUAUGUCUGAGAGAAGCCUUAUACCUAGAAGUAUUAUCUACAUUUUACCUUUUUAUAUAACAUGAAAUUUAGAUUAUACAUGGAUUUUAUACCUGUGACACUCUAGCAUUUUUUAAAAGAAAAAGAAAAAAAGAAACCCAAAACCUACUUAAAACGUUAAAAGUUUAGAGCUUUUGGAAAUAUCAGACUCCAUAGACUAGUCAUCUUUGUCCUGCAGCUACAAUGAAUAUUUUUUUUUUGUCCUAUUCUGGAUCCUAAGAGUUGUCCACUGAACAGUAAGCAAUAAAUCAUCAACACAUGUUUUUCAAGUUAAGUAGAUAGACAUGUAUUUUCCACUUGCCUUUGCCAACAUAUUUUAAAAUGUGAUUGAACUAUCCCCAUAGAAAAAUCAUUCUUUCAGCUAUCACUCCACUCCCAACUGGGCUUCCACCCAUAUCUCUUUCUUAUCUACAAAACCAGUGCUGUCCAUAGAGUUUGCUGUAUCGCUCAAGUGCUCAGAGGGCUGUUUGAGAUCUUAGAUAUAGGGAUGAUGGAUUGUGUUUCUAGGAUGAAUUUCAAAGGGACAAUCGUGUGCAGUUACUAGCUAUAGAUGAUUGAUAUAAAUGUUUACCCCUGUAUGAAGUAUUUUACAGUUUUACUUGCAGAUGUGUAUUUAUCUUGAGUUAUACUUGACAUAGAGUUUCUUUCAAUUUUUUUUUAAUACUAUGUGUGUAUUUUGGAAACCUUUCUAGAUGUUAAAAUUUUUGAAUGGUUACAAAUAUUUCUUAUAAUACUGAAUUGUUAUCGGGAAACUCUUUGCAGUAACUUUUUUGUAUAUAUUUGAGGGCCUUUUUAAAAAAGUAUUGUUUGUUUUUUGGGCAAAGUUUUUACAAUUGGGAAGCUUUCAGAAGGGCCUUCCUCUCAACUAGGAUACUAACAGAGGUAAGAGUUUUCUUAAGUAUUUUGCAGUAUUUUGCAGAACUAAGGAUGUAUCCUCAAGAAAAUAUUUAUGGAAAUAAUUUACUUUUUUUUUUUACAAUGCUUUUGUCUGUAUAAAGUAUGCAACAGAACUACAUUAAGAAGGAAAUAUUGUCUACAUAAAAUAUUAUAUGAAAGUUGGUACAUAAUUCUGACAAAAAACCUUGCAAUUCUUUAAGCCAUAUUGUUUUUGUUAUCCUUGGAUGAAAAUAUCAGUAUUAAGUAACCAGUGUAUUAUUCAAGUGCUUAGACUUAUAUGAAAAUGCUUAUCGGUUUAUUUAUGUGUAUUUGGGGAACGAGUGCUAGAAAAGCUAUCACUAGACAUGUAGCAAGUGAGGAGCAAAUAACAGUAUACUGUCACUUUAUGGCCUUGUGAGAGACACAAAGGUGUUGGAAGCACCGUGGAGACUCAGCUUCCAGAAACUCCGAAGCACAAGUGGUGGGUUUCAAAUGGUGGCUCUUUGCUUCCCCAUAACUAGAGGGGAAGAAAGUUGGUUGGGACACUGUUUAACUUGACUUUCACAACUCUUUGCAGACUGUGAGCUCAGCUAUGCAGUAUCAUCUACAGCAAUAAUAUCAAUCAAAGGAUGUAAGAGAAAAGGAUUGAAGUAGAUUAUUGUAGGGGUUUACGUUUAUUUUAAUUAGAACUCAUAGCAAUAUAGAAUAUGCAUGUGCACGUAUUCGAAGCAUUUUACACUUUACAUUUCAUGUAGUUUGAUUAUAUUAUGAAGGAUUGAGUUUUUAGUUUGAUAUUUUACCAUGCUAAAAUGGGAGGUCUGCCCAGCCCUAUACUGGAUUCUUGUUUCCUUUAAAAGGUUAUUUAGUACAGCACUCACUGCAUUGUGUAAUAGUGCUAAAACUAACACUAUUGUAUGAAUUUCUUCAGCUUUAAAAAAAACUAGCCUAACAAUUAUUACAUUUGUUUAACUGUACUUACUGACCUUGUCAGAUUCAGUUGGCAAAUUGUGUAAUUUCUUUUUCUGUAACUGUUAAUAAACUUGUACAGCUAAAACAGACAAAACCUAUGGACAAAGGCCUCAGAGGUAGCAGUUCUGUUUCAGCAAUCAAGAUGACAGCUUGCUCAUCUGGUGACUGUGUUGCUACUGAGACUGUAAAACCUCUGUUGUGGAUUGUCCAUAAAAUGGCAUUCCGACAUGUGCCUUAUUUGCUGGAUAGUAUACAGCUUUCCUCUAGUAUUCUAGCAUUUUAAUGCUGUAUUAAAGUAUUGCAAAAAACCCA